AUGAGUACCGACCAAGUCCAUCGAAUCAAAAGCUCCCGUGUCGUAUUGCUACAUGAAGAUGUCGAAGAAGCAGAAAAGUUACGCAGAAUCUUGAUAACAGCAGAAAUCUUCACCGAUGCUGAUCAGUGUUUUGAUUUUAUAACAGAUAUUGACGAAGAAAUUACUUUAAUAAUAUCUGACGUUCGUUUUCUUCCAUUUCUCCUAAAUAUUCACCAAGUAAAUUCCAUUUACAUUCUAAACGAAAAUCAACUUGAUUUUAAACAAUCGCCGAAAGUCAAAGGUGUUUACAAUAAUAUUACAUUGAUAAUUAACGCGUUCACACAAGCAUCUCACGCAACAGACAACAUUAGCUUUAUUGAUUUAACUAAUCAAAAUCUCAAUGAAUUAGAUCCAUUAUUUAUGUAUACACAAAUCUUAAAAGAAAUUUUACUCACAAUUAAAUUCGAUGAAAAACAUAAAUCGGAAUUUAUUAAAUACUGUCGUGAACUUUAUUUUGAUAAUAAAUCUCAAUUGAAUCACAUUCAAAUAUUCGAAGAGAAAUAUUGCUCUGACAAAUCUAUCUGGUGGUAUACAUAUCAAGAUUUUCUUUAUACAAUGCUCAAUAAAGGAUUACGUUUAAUGGAAGUUGAUGUGGUUAUUAAAAUGGGAUUUUUUCUUCAAGAUCUGCACACUCAAAUCACUGCUCUUCAUUCGGAACAGUACGGAGGUGAUAAGAAAUCUCGAUCAUUUCGUGUUUUUCGAGGACAAAGUUUGUCUUAUGAAAAUUUCGAUAAAUUACGAAAAAUUCAAGGUGGAUUAUUGUCAUUCAAUAAUUUCCUUUCGACAAGUUCUGCUCGAAGUGUAUCAUUUGCUUUUGCUGAGAGUAAUUUAGAGAAUCGCGAUGUUAUUUCAAUUUUCUUUGAAAUAAGAGUAAAUCCAUCAGUAUCGUCAACACCCUUCGCAAAUAUCAAGAAAAGUAGUGCUCAUCAAAUAGAAAGCGAAAUUCUAUUUUCAAUGCAUUCCGUCUUUCGAAUUGAAGAAAUCAAACAAAUUAACGGAAAUGAUCGCUUUUGGAAAGUCAAUUUAACAUUGACUAAUGAUGACGAUGUGCAAUUGCGGCUGUUAACUGAAAGUAUUCAAAAACGAAUAAUUGGAUCAAAAGGAUGGGAUCGACUCGGUCAACUAAUGCUCAGAAUUGGUCAAUUCAAUAAAGCAAAAGAAAUUUACAACAUAUUAAUAAAAGAAUCAACAAACGAUCGAGAAGAAGCUUACUUCUCUCAUAUGAUCGGAUUAAGCAUGUGUGGAAACGGAGAUUAUGAUCAAGCAUUCGACUUUUACAAGAGAUCUAUUCAACUGAAUCAAAGUAUUCCUGCAGAAAGGAAUGUUAAUUUGGCAAAUUCUUUGAGUAGUCUUAGUUUGGUUUAUGAUGAGAUUGAUGAACAUUCAAAAGCGAUUUCGUACUAUGAACGAGCGCUACAAGUGCUACAAGAAAAUCUUCCGGAAAAUCAUCUCGAUUUAGCUUCGUCGUACAAUAAUAUUGCAGGAAUUUAUAGAAAUUUGGGUGAAUAUUCAAUCGCAUUUUCGUAUUAUGAAAAAGCAAUGGAAAUUCAGCAUAAAAUACUUCUUGAAAAUCAUCCCGAUCUUAUGGCACUUCGUUAUUAUAAAAAAAGCACUGAAAAUCUACGAGAAAAUGCUAUUGGAAAUCUAUACAGUGAGAUUCAAGAUUAUUCUCAAUCGCUUCUAUUUCAUGAAAAAGCAUCCAAAAUUCUUCCUGAAAAUCAUCGUCUAUCAGCUGACAAUCAUAACAAUAUUGGAAAUUCGUAUAUCAACAUGGGUCAAUAUUCCAAAGCACUUGAAUCUUUUCAAAAAGCAUUGAAUAUUCUUCAAAAAACCACUUCACCUAAUCGUUCACAUAUAGCAGACACUUACGACAAUAUAGCCCAUCCAAAGUUCGCCACUUCUUUUAAUCACAUUGGCUCGUUGUACAGUAAGUUGGGUAAUUAUCCACUGGCACUGUCUUAUUUUGAAAAAGCACUCGCCAUUCGACACGAAACUUUCCCUUAUAAUCAUCCUGAUACCGCCACUAUUUAUAAUAACCUCGCUGAGUCGUUUUGUAAUAUGUGUGAAUAUGAAAAAGCGAUCUCGUAUUAUGAAAAAUCAUUGGAAAUUUUUCGAAGAACUUUACCUGAUGGUCAUGCUAAGUUCGGUUUAAUAUACAACAACAUUGGAGGUGUAUAUAACAAAAUGACUGAAUAUUCCAAAGCACUUUCUUUUUAUAAACAAGCUUUGCAAAUUUAUCAAAACGCGUUUCCUGAAAAUCAUCCGACUUUAGCGAUUUCUUAUAAUAACGUUGGUUUAGGAUAUGCAAAUAUUGGGCAAUUUUCCGAAGCGCUUGACUUCCAUCAUAAAGCUGUUCAAAUAAAACUAUCUUCAAACGAUUCUUCAGUGGCGACUUCUUACAACAACAUCGCUUUCGUUUAUCAUAGAAUACAUAAAUACGAAAAAGCACUUGAAUUCUUUAAAAAGGCACUUGAAAUUCAACAAGAGACUCUUCCUUCUGGUCAUCCACAUUUAGCAACUUGUCUUUGUAAUAUUGGUUUGGUGUUUAGUCACAUAGGCGAUUAUUGUGAAUCCCUGACGUAUUACGAAAAAUCACUGCAAAUUCGAGAAAAGUGUCUCGCAAAGAGUGAUCCAGCGUUGGCUGCCACUUACAACGGCGUUGCUACUUGUUAUGAAGCUAUGAACGAAUAUUCAAAGGCAAUUCGGUUUUAUGAACGCGCUCAAGACAGUGCACAAUGUUCUUCACCGACUAACCAUUCUUUUCUACAAAAUAUUCGAAAGAAAAUUCAAUUAUUAAAAACAAAAUUAUAA